GCGCCGUCCAUUUUGUUUUCUUUGUGUGAUUGUGUGGUGCCGAAGACGAAUUUAUUGCUUGUAGCAAUUUAUUUUAGGUGUAUACAGUGUCAGAAAAUCGUUUAAUUGUAAUUUAAUUCGUUCUGUAAGUGAAGAUGGGUCGUGGAAGGGAUCGAAGCCGCGAUAGGCGUCGCAGUAGGACCAGGAGUAGAAGUAGGAGUCGAAGCCGUAGUCGGAGUCCACGUUAUGGGCUCGGAUCGGGCGGUGGUGGCUAUGGCGGCGGCGGUGGUGGCGGCAGCGGAAGACGAAACAAUCCCGGUGCUAAUCUAAGAAAACCAAAAUGGGACCUAAGCCGACUCAAACCUUUCAAGAAAGAUUUCUAUAUUCCACACCCAGAUGUAGAAAAUAGACCCGAGUCGGAAGUAGAAUCAUGGAGGAGUCAAAAUGAAAUUACAUUGAAAGGACGCAACAUACCCAAGCCGACAUUAACUUUUGAUGAAGCAGGCUUUCCGGAUUACGUUAUGGAUGAAAUAGAUAAGAUGGGCUUUUCUAAGCCCACACCUAUUCAAGCGCAAGGUUGGCCGAUUGCUCUCAGUGGACAUGACAUGGUAGGCAUAGCUUCUACUGGUUCUGGAAAGACAUUAUCAUACAUCUUACCUGCGAUUGUACACAUUAAUCAUCAGCCCAAAUCCAGUAGAGGUGAUGGGCCAAUUGCUUUAGUGCUAGCACCUACGAGAGAAUUAGCUCAGCAAAUUCAGGAGGUUUGUGAUAAAUUUGCUAAUACCUCUAAAAUACAUAACACUUGCCUGUUUGGUGGUGCCCCUAAGGGGCCGCAGGCCCGAGACCUUGAUGCUGGGGUAGAAAUAGUUAUUGCAACACCAGGCCGGUUGUUGGAUUUUCUAGAGAGUGGAAGAACUAAUUUGAAAAGAACUACAUACUUGGUACUUGAUGAGGCUGACAGAAUGUUGGACAUGGGAUUUGAGCCACAAAUCAGGAAAAUCAUAGAACAAAUCAGACCUGAUCGUCAGACACUUAUGUGGUCUGCAACAUGGCCUAGAGAAGUUCAAAGUUUAGCUUCUGAAUUCUUGAAAGAUUAUUUGCAAAUAAAUGUAGGCUCCCUACAGUUGGCUGCCAACCACAACAUCCUACAAAUAAUUGAUGUUUGUAUGGAGUAUGAGAAAGAAACCAAAUUAAGCACUUUAUUGAAGGAAAUCAUGGCAGAGAAAGAAAAUAAAACUAUUAUUUUUAUUGAAACCAAACGCCGCGUCGAUGAUAUCACCAGAAAAAUGAAACGUGAUGGAUGGCCUGCUGUAUGCAUACAUGGUGAUAAGUCUCAAAAUGAACGUGAUUGGGUGUUACAAGAUUUUCGUAGUGGUAAAGCCCCAAUUCUUGUGGCAACGGAUGUAGCUGCUAGGGGUUUAGAUGUGGAUGAUGUAAAGUUUGUUAUCAACUUUGAUUAUCCUAGCAACUCUGAAGAUUAUGUUCAUCGUAUUGGACGGACUGGGAGAACUAAUAAAACUGGAACAGCAUAUACAUUUUUUACUCCUGCAAACGCUGCUAAAGCUGGAGACUUGGUGGCUGUUUUGAAAGAAGCCAAACAAGUGGUCAAUCCCAAGCUGCAAGAACUGGCAGAACGUGGUGGUGGUGGAGGCAGACGUCAUCGUGGUCGUGGAGGCAGAUAUCGAAGAAGUCGCCGUUCUCGUUCGCGAUCCCGAUCACGCCGUCGCCGUUCCCGCUCGCGCUCGCGUUCACGUGACCGCCGCCGCCGUCGACGCAGCUCCUCGAGGUCUUCCCGAAGCAAGUCGUCCAGAUCGUCUAGAAGCCGCUCCCGUUCUCGCUCCCGAUCCCGCAGCCGAUCUCGCUCAGGCAAGUGCAGUCCACAACAGAAGACUGACAUUGACGCCGGGCAAUUAAUGCCCCAAGCACUACUACCGACGCCGAAACCGCUACUGCCGACUCCCAUUGGUCCCCAACUCCCACCAGUUCAAUCUAAUGGCAAAGGCCCUUCCACUCCUCCUCCCACUCCUACUCCUACUCCUCGUAGUAACGAUUCUUAUUUAAGUAAAAAUAGUCCGCAGAAUCUUAAUAGUAACGUUAUGGAUAAUAAGUAUGGUCCACAGCAGCCUUCCGAACUUAUACCACCGUUGAUGGCUCUUAAUCCACAGAUGUGUGCCCCUCCACCUAUGAGUGGGCAAGGGUUUGUUAUGCCCCCAUUCUUCCCUGCUGAUCAAUAUGGCAUGAUGAUAUCUAAUUUCCCGCCGAAUAGUAUGCUUACUGCGGGGGGCUGGGCAGCUCCUCCUCCUCCUCCACCCCCACCACCUCCCGAGUCCACUUCCGGUGGGACGUACAACAACUAUAAUCAAGGCCUGCAACAUACGGGAGACGGUGGCCUAGAGUCAGAUUCCAGGAAACGAGGGCCGCGCCCCGGCGGCCUCGGCUCCGCUGGAGGCCUGGGCUCCGCUGGGGGCCACGGCUCCGCUGGAGGCCUGGGCGCCCCUGGGGGCCUCGGCUCCACCGGGGGCCUAGGCUCCGCUGGAGGCCUCGGGUCCGAUGGUGGUAGCGGCGGCAGAGGCCUCUGCUACGAUGGCGGUCUUGGUUCCGGCGGUGGACUUGGCUCUGGCGGACGCUUCGGGUCAGGUGGUGGCCUUGGCUCGGACAGCGGGCUCGGGUCCGGCAGCGGGCUUGGCUCUAGUGGAGGUCUCGGCUCAGGCGGUGGCCUAGGCUCAGGCGGUGGCCUAGGCUCUGGUGGAGGUCUUGGCUCCGGGGGAGGCCGUGGCAAUGAUGGCGGUCAGGGCGGCGGAUCACGCUCUAAAGGCGGUCGUGAUCGACGUCGUCGUGGAAGAGGACGACAUAAUGAGGAUGAUCAUGAUAACCAGAGCUCUGGAGGGCUUGGCUCCUCUGGGCUUGGCGGCCUCGGCAGUGGCUCGAUCGCCGCUCAAGGCGCUGGGCUUGGCUCUGGCGGUCUCAAUGUGCCUCAUGGGAGCCUACUGCCGCGCAUGUUACCUCAGACGUCGGGCGAAUUCGUUCAUGGCGCAAAUUUCACAGCUUUCGGUUCUUAUGGCUCACAGAAAAGGGUAAAUCAAGGAAAAGAUCCAAACCAACCCUACGAAGGAUCCGGGCUUAAGAAUGGUGUGGAGGAGUACAAUCAGCAAAACAUGGGGCCGGGCCGGCCGUAUGCAAUUGGUAUGGUACAGGAUCAGAUUAAUGCGCUGGCAAAUGGUUCCAUGGGGUACGAAAAUGACCGCCAGAGAAAUCGGCAACGACGAUGAACUCGAGAGAACGGGUACAACGGUGACUCGCGGCGUCGCAGGAGACGAUAAGAAGCCAGCUAGAAAGCAAGACUGGAGAAUUUAAGAACAAAGUGAUUUGAAUUGAGCAUAUUGAGUUAUAUUUCUCAAAAUAGAUUCCAUUCCAUAUAUGUAUUUACUAGCAAACUAUCACAAAGCAUCAUGCUAGGUUUAAUUUUAGCUGAAAAUAUGUUCAUAAUAAUAAUUCACUGUAAAUAUAUCAUCAACAUUUUUGUUGAUAAGGCAAAAUAAGCUGCUCUAUACGUUAAAUAUAUCAAAUAUUAUGUACAAGUUUCAUAUUCAUUAUUUACUUUUAAAUACUUACUUGUGUAAGUAAAUGAAGAUGGAUCUUUGCUGUUUGUAUCUCACUUAUGAAGAUCUAAUAAAACUGAUUUGCAGUUGUAAUUUUAACUAACUUACGCACUUCAUAACUAUUUUGCAUUGAAAAAUGCAAGUACAAGUUUAAAUUAAGUUAAAUACUUGUAAUUCUUUAGCAGUGUUUAUCAUUAAUAUCCUUUCUCUAUUCUACAUGUAAUUAAUUACUUUGGUAUUUAUCCACUUUG